UCAUACACCUGUGGUGUGAUUUGUGGGCAGGCGGAGAUUUUAUAAAGUUUAAAAACAAAAACGCACAGUGUAAAUCCAGCUGGUGGGAAGUUUCGAGGAGACCUGGGCUUCCCCUCUCCCGUUGCAUCGGAAUUCCCAGACAACCGCUCAGAAAAUAAAACUUAAAGCGCCCGGAUCAACGUGCUCUUCAGCCUGAGAAAGAGUAACAUACUGGUGAAUCCGAUUUACUCCAGAAAGACGCUCAGACCCAGUGCAGGGACAGAUGUUCGCAUAUAACCUUGGAUGUUGGACUUAACCGCCCGGAGUCCAACCUGAAUGGGCUUGUAGGAGUUCAACAACCUUGCGUGAAGUUUUCUACUCAUUGUGUGACUGUCCCGGACAGAGCAAGUCUCGGGCAAUGGCAUGGUCCUGGACGGAUAUUUUUCAGCAUCCGCUCUGGGCGUUCUCCACCGUCAUCCUGGGGCUGGUGGUGCGGGCUCAGAGGAAGGGGUCGUGGGACCCCCGAGCCUGCAAAGUGGACUUGACCGGGAAAACGGCUAUUGUGACAGGCGCCAACACGGGGAUCGGGAAGUUCAUCGCCCUGGACCUGGCGCGGCGCGGGGCCCGCGUGAUCCUGGCCUGCCGCAGCCCGGAGAGGGGCCAGAGGGCCCUGGAGGAGAUCCGCGCCCGCUCCGGCAACGCCAACGUGCACCUGCGCCUGCUGGACACCAGCUCCCUGCGGUCUGUCCGCGAGUUCGCCCGCCGCGUCCUGCAGGAAGAGAAACAGCUCCACAUCCUGGUCAACAACGCUGGGGCCUCCGGGCUGCCCAGAGGAAUCACAGAGGAUGGCCUGGAGGUCUCCUUUGCCACCAAUCACCUGGGGCCCUUCCUGCUGACCAACCUGCUGCUAGACUUGAUGAAGAGCUCCGCCCCCGCCCGCAUCGUCAAUGUGUCCUCAGCCAAUCACUGGCGGGGGAAGGUGGACUUCUCUCACUUCCGGGGGGAGAACCUGACGUACACCAUGGACAGCGUGUACAACCACACCAAGCUGCACAACAUCCUCUGCACCAACGAGCUGGCCCACAGGCUGCAGGGCACAGGCGUGACUGCAAACUCUCUGCACCCCGGUGUUGUGAUGACAGAGGUGAUGAGACACUAUAACGUGGUGGUCCGGCUGAUCUUCAAUCUCAUUGGCUUUUUCUUCUUUAAGUCCUCCGAGGAGGGCGCCGUCAGCUCCAUCUACUGCGCCGUGUCCGAGGACGUGGAGGGGGUUACCGGGAAAUACUUCGACAGCGACUGCUCGCUCAGGCAGCCCGCGCCGCUGGCCCGCGACCCCGCCCUGGCCCGCAAGGACUGGGAGGUGUGCGAGAGGCUGACCGGGCUCUCCAGCCAGCGGGUCCGCAGCUCGCUCUGAUGUCGCCCACGGAAACCUGGCGCCACACAAAGCUUUUUCUGCAUGUUUGGUUUUUAGCACCUUGUUACAAUUGAUUUCAUAGCUGCAGUUAACAUGUGGCCGGCGUUCUGGAACAAUCUAAGACGCCGUGCUGUUGAAGCCAGCAUCGUUAGGCUGCACGAGAUCCUCAGAUCGAACAGCACCUCCUCUGGUCUGGGAUCCGCCUGAUGGUCUUGUUCCAGUCUGGUUUGUGCAAUAAAACAGGCUCGGCCGCUUGAAACUUAA